AUGGAUAAAAAUCCUCCAAAUAACAAUGAAUCUGCUUCUCCUUCAUUAAUAGAAUUAUUAAAAAAAUAUACAAGUCGAGUAGAUGAGCGUGAAACCUUACGACAAGAUGAUACGUUUGGCUGUCAACAACAACAACAACAACAAAUUGAAACUGGUAAUAUUGAAAAAUUAAAAAAAACUGUAACUAAACUACAAUCUAACGCAACUUCAAUAAAUAUUCCUAAUCAAUCGAUGGAAAAUUUCGGUGAAGCAAAAUCGAAUAUAGAUUAUAAAAGAAAAUGGGAAGAAGCAGAAACAAGAUAUCGUAAUCUAGAAAAAAAAUAUCAUCAAUUAGAAAGUGGCACGGUGAAACAAUUACAAGAUAAAAUUGAUCAACUUCAACGGGACGAUAAUCAAUUCAAAUUCAUUAAAGCUCGUAUUGCUGAAAUAUGUUCUUCUCGUCAAUUAACAAAUAUACAACUUGAACAAUUAAAAUUACUUGUUAAUAGUAAUGAUUUAUCAAUUGAAACCAUUGCAAAUAAAAACGAUUUUCAUCAACAAACAAUAAAACUACGUGAUAUUUUAAUCACACAUAAUAAUGAACUUUUAAAUAGAUUUGAAGAGUUAAUGAACAAAAAGAGAAAAAGAAAUCAAUAUGAAAAUGAUUCAAUUGAUGAUAACGAUAGAAAUAAUUAA